CAACCACUACCCCUUCGGACAGCCCCUACGCUCAGAUACCCAUCUUCCCAUUGAUCCCCAACCGGGAUUGUGUGAUGGCAGGAAAGCCAAAGAAGGAUAUCCACAAACUGGCAGCCCUGAGGAGUAUGGAGCCUGUCACAUCUUUUGAGGACCAUUUCUUCCACAAGAGAAGGUGGCUGCCAGAGAGCAAAGCCUCCAAGGCUCCGAGGCCCUCCCUCUCCCUUGCUCCGGAACUAACGUCCAAGGGUCGCCGUUUGACUAUACACAACCUUGAUGAAAUUCGCCGAGAGGUGAAGAAAGCAACAGAGAACUACCGGAAGGCGCUUGCUCUCCGGGAACGCAACAAGUCACUGAAGCUGUGGCGGAGACUGCGUGGUGGGGAGAUUGGCUUGGAAUCAGGGAAUCCCAGCUUCUAUCAGACUUUCUCCACCUACUCGUGGUCAUGGAAUGUUUGCAAGGAGCUGCUGACUCCUCAAGAACUCCAGGAGUAUGACAACCAGCUGUAUCACAGCUCCUCCCGAUCAGCCAGCCCUGUAGACAGGAUGAUCAAAGUUGACGGGAAGCAAAGAGGAAGUAAGAAGUAG